GGGGAACAAAUCCGCAGCGAGCAAAUGUCGUGAUGUCAUCACGUUGUCUCGGAGCUAACCAAUCCACUUCGAUCUUUAAGAGGGGAGGGGCUCUUCAGCUUGGAGUAGCGUCGUUCACAACCGACACAAGGCGAAAGUUAGUAACAGGCAUGUCUCCAGAGGAUGAACUCCAGAGUCCCUCCCUUGGUUUCAGCUCUACCAGGGAGGAUGUCACUCUGAGCUGUGGUGACCUAGCCAGCUCUCAUGAACUGGGGAGAAGGAGCAGAGCACGCAGCAGUCUCCACAUGAGGACCCCAGAGGCUGAUAUUAAUGGCCGUGGAGAUUAUGCCAAUGGAAAGAGCCCCUUCCUGAAAAUACUGAUGGAUGCGGAAGCGGCUGCCAACUCCGCUGCCAUACAUCUCGUGUCUUUUAAAGAUGCCAUGGAAGAUGAAUUUGCUGAUUCAAAGCAGUCUGCCACUGAUAAGCGCCGGAUUUCAAGGCAGAGAGGACUUUUGCUGGAGAAGCUGGAGGACUUUCGACGAAUAAAUAAGUCUGUUCGACAGAAACUGAAACAGCUCAGAGAUUCAGAGGCUGAUCGAGUUCAUACAAACCAUCAAAUUGACAACUUACUCAAGAAGAUCACACAGGCUGAGAGUGAAAAUGAGCAUUUAAAAAAAGAUUUGAGUGACACAGAAAGAAGAGCUGAAGAACUGAUGGCUCUGCGGAGAGAAGAGCAGGAGAACAUGAAGAGUGCAGUUCACAUGACCAAGACUGUGGAGGCGACCCGUGCUCACCUGCAGGGGCAACUGCGCCACAAGGAGGCCGAAAACAAUCGCCUGACUGUUCAGAUACGGACUCUGGAGAGGACUCUGGUUGAGCAGAAGAUGGAGAUUGACGAUCUCAAAGGCUCAAUCACAUGUUUAACUGAGAAGGCAGCACAGGACAAAGAAUCCCUCAAGAAAGCCAAUCGAGCCCAAAAACUUAGAGCGGAGAGAUUCGAGGCAGCAAUUGAGAAAUGUUAUGCGCAACUGAAGGAAAAGGAUGCUCAGCUGACCAGAGCACAUUUAGAGAGAGACUCCAGGAGGCAACAGAAGGAGCAGACGACAGAUGAGACGAACAAACUUGUUGCUCAAAUAGAAUUUCUGAAAAGUCAGGUUGGUGAUUUGACAGCUAGGCUGCAGAAAGAGACGGAUGAGCUCACAGCAGCCAACGAAACUGUGAUGCAACGCGCUGAAAAACUCAGUGCUGAAAAUGGAGACCUCAGCGUCAGUAAUGCAAAACUCAAGACAUAUGUUGCUGAGUUGGAGCAGCAGCUGGCUGACUGUGAGUCUGCGCUGGUGGAGGAGAAGGUGGCGGCGCAGGAGAGGAAACAUCAAACCGAGCAGCACCAAUAUCAGGUUGCAGAGCUUCAAGCAGAGAUAGACGAUCUGAGGAUAAAGUAUGCAAUUGUUGUAAGAGAGGCGGAGACGACGCGAGAUGGAAAAGAUACAGAAGUUGAGAAGGUGAGGCAGGAGCUGCAGGGGCGCGUCGACCAACUGGAGUCUUACCCCGAGUUACUGAGUGCAGCUGAGCAGAGUCUCUUUGAGUGCCAGGAGAACCUGCGACGCUCGGAGAGGAAGUGCUCAGAAAAGUCAGAGUCCAUUAGGCAACUGCAGGUUCAGAUGGAGAGCCAGACGAAGCAGCUGAGAUCAUCUGUGGACAUGAAAGAGUCGAUUCAUGAAGCCAAUUCACAACUACAAGAGAAAAUGGCUUCUCUGCACAAGCAGAUGGACAAGCUGCAGCAGGAGAACCUGGAGCUGGUUCGGAAGCUCGCCGCUCAGGAGGAGGCUCUAGGCUACAGUAACCGGCAGCUGGAUCAGCGCUCGUCAGAGUGUCAGGCCCUCAGCCGGCAGCUGGAGGCGGCUUUAUCAGACGUCAGACAGCAGGUCAGCAAGGUAAAGGACCAGGCUGUUUCCAGAGAAGAGGCCCUUCAGACGAAAAUCCUGGAGCUGGAAGCCGAGAGGAGCAGAAGGGACAGCGAGCUGAGGCUUCUCCGCCAGAGCAAGCUCUCUGCAGAGAAACAGUUCGAGUUGCGCCUGAAGGACCUGCAGCUCAGCCUGGACCAAUCAGAGAGCCACAAGCAAAGCAUUCAGAACUACGUCGAUUUCCUCAAAAACUCUUAUAAGACCAUGUUUGACGAGGGACUGCAGACUUCAACUUUUGGAUCAUCAUAUUUUCUAAAAUGAUACAGGAUGAAUCUUUUUGCAUUAUAUGUUUGUUUUGUGUAAUAUUUAUAAUUUAUUUAAAGACAAGAAUGAAACUGGUAAGCAACAGAUUAUGUUAUAUUAAUUUAUCCCUUUUUAGAUGCGAAUCAGGGGGUUUUGUUUUUUAAAGGUAGAAAUCUGCUGCUGCUGUUGAUGUUUGAUACAGAUUUUUAAUAGAUUUUUUUUUUGGUGCUGCUUCGUCUUAUUCCCAUAUAACAAGGAGUCAGUUGCAUAUUUCCUAGUCUUGAUUUCAGAAUGAUUUUAGAUAGUCAAGUAGGACUUAUCUCUUCCUGAUUUGAAUUGAAUAUCUUUGGGCUUUAGACUGUUGGUCAGAUAAAACAAGCAAUCUGAAAAUGGGACAUUGGGAUCUAUUUUCUGAUUCUCUCUUUAACUAAAAUGAUUCAUCAAGAUGCCAAAACAGGUUUUCGGAUCAGUCAGUCACGUGCCACUAGGUGGAACUGUUUUGCCAGUCAUGUUUUUGUAAGGCGACUCAUUUACACACAUUGCAUCGUGCAUUUAGUCGACAGUCUACCUUAGUCAGAUUAAGUCUCAGUCUGUCUUUGUGCAACUGGCUCUAUAUCAAACUUUUUUGCCAUGUUUAGAAGCUGCACAGACUGUAUAUACACCCAGUGAUGAAAGCAAUUAUAAAUCAAUACUGGUCGUGCUUGAAAACCAAAUGUUAUGCGGGUGCACAUUUUCAGUGGUGCUACAUUUGACUAUGAAACACUUCUGUUAACCUUCUGAUACUGAAAACAACCAUGUGACUGUCCUUCUCGUGAUCAUAAAACAAAACGUGUGACGCACUGAAUAUCAAAUGUGUUUAUGGUUCUGAACCUCAGCUGGACUGAGACGACUGAUGCAGAAAAUCGAUUGUUUGGCUGCUAGCUGUGAAGCUCGUGCCUUCAGGGUUGCAGACAUGAUUACUGAGAUACGUGCAACACUGGGAUUCUUCCAAACCACUUUAAACUCUCGCUCGCAAUUUACCUAAAAAACAGUUUGUUUUGUCCUGUUCUUGUUCUGCUCUUGUAUCGAUGGUAAUAAAUGAGUCCAGACCUGC